GGUUUUUGCAGAGCUCAACACUAUUUCUGACAGGAUCGGUGUGUGUUUCUGCUCGAGUGUGUGUGUGUGUGUGUUUCCCAUCUCGUUUAUAGUGCCGCACCCUGUCUUCUGUGCGUAAAACCUCCCGCGUAGGUGCAUCAUCCACAUCAUCAUCAUCAUCACCACCACCCUCUUCAUCAUCACACACCACGUUUUCUCCCAGCAGAGGGAUAACGGCUUACCUCGCGGACAGGUUGGACUCAGAGAUGGGAGUGGAGCGGAGGUUUUUCAGGCUAUGACACGGACACACCGGGCGGGAAGGAUGGCUCUCACCAGCCGGGAAAUGUUGUGCUUGAUCGGAUCCGCUUGCCUCUGGCUGCCGCUGUUUGCAGAGGUAAGUACAAGUAAUGAGAAUUAGGUUGAUUUUGUAAUGUGGCCUGAUUUUUUUUUAACCUCCUUUUUUUUGUCCCAAAUGUCCCUGUAUUGUCACGCUUUGAUGACCUGAGCUGCGAUUUUACAAAAGAACAUCCAAAUAGGCGCAUGAUUUGAUAGAUACUGUUAUUGAUAAGACCACACAAAGGGAUCAGGUUACUGUUUGUGAGCUUCUGAAAUGAUUCAUGUGUGUUUCUGUUAACAGCGAUUAAUUCAGGGUGCAGUAUCUACAAAAACAGGGCGUUACAGGAGCGUCAAACACCUCUAAUCUGUCCCUCAGCCAAUUAAUGGUGCAACCAAAGCGCAUUGUCCAAUUACGCGGGCUCUGUUUUCUCUCACACGCACGCACUCGCGCGCGCACAUGCAUGGUCUCAAUCAUUACCCACUCCCUUCACCCACCCCUCCGCGACAGGAUAUCAUAAGAGAAACCCGCUGCUGGGGUCCUCUGCCCCCACGGUGAUGUGGGAUUGAGCCUCCACACGCGCAGUUUGAGCUUGUCACAUCGAUUCAGUCACUCAGACAUGUUGAGACCUGAAAACUGGGGAAGCAGGUGUUGUUGUCCUGAGUGGGUCAAGACAUCCUGAGUGUUGUCUGGGUGUCAGGUUUGGUGGAAACUUGCCUUGCCUCCCUGUAGGGCUGGGCGAUAUGUGAACAAGUUUAUCACGAUCAGUCGAUAUUGAUAUAUAUCACGAUAUAAAAAAUACGAUUUAACAGUGUUUAUUGGUAGAAUGUCUUUUGCAGUACAAUAAGCUACUGCAUCUAUGAGGUCUUUGUGUCUCUCCGACGUUUUGUCGUAAGGCGUUGCGCUAGCGGACUGAAUGGUUGGCUGUUUCGGCUGUACAGGCGCCAUGGUCUCCUUGCUCCGCUCGGGGUUUGUAACCUUUUGCAUUGUGCGUCUUCUACCGCGUGGAGCUGCUUCAGGUGGUGAAAACAAUUUGAGGUAUUUCCCGACUUUGUGUGAACAUGUACUCGACAUAAUUUGCAUUGCACAUUACUCUGCACCAAAAUACCUCCACACCACCAACGUUUUCAUGCCAGUGUUGUCGGAUUCACCUGUUAAAGUGCUUUGGUUGCGUGUAGCUGCAGUCUGCUACUACCCAGUUGUUUGCUACUUGGUUCUAAUUCAGCACGAUUGGUUCGGCGUGGAGCAGACCAGUAGCAACUCUCCUCUUCAUUGGUUAUUCGUAUAGUCUACGAAAACAUGACUAUCGAAAAGCAUAUUGACCAUGUUUCAUACUGAUAUUGAGGAAAAUUAAUUUUCGAUAUAAAUCGUUAUCGUUUUAUCACCCAGCCCUACCUCCCUGCUUUAGUAAAGUAACCAUCAGUUUGUAACACUAAGUCAUCCCAUGAAUAAUUAGAUUCAUUCAUUUUCAUUUUUCUUCCUCCUCUCAUGUUUUACCAGCGUGUACGUUCAGGGCUAAUGUGCAGCACAUGAGCCUUGUAGCCCGUGUAGAAGUCAUUAGUGGGCUACAGUGAUGUGCAGGUUUUAAUUAGACUCACUCACUCUGGAGCAGCUGAGCAUGUCACACAAAUAGCACACCGCAGAUUGAGUUUCAUUUCACUUUCACCAGGAGGAAUCUUGAUGCAGGAGCAGGAUGUAUUAUUAUGUAGGCAGCACAACAUCCAAGAUAUUUCCCUGUGGAAAUCAGUUCAUGACCAGCAGUCCUCUGUCUGUCACCUGAGAAGUCCUCAUCAGCACUUGGUUUUCUGGGGUUGAGCUCUGUGUUUUAACAAUAAGUUGGGAUUGGAUUUAUUUCACAACAUGGCAGGACUAAUUAGUGUCUGCAAAAAGACAAUCCUGUAAUCUAGUGGCUCCAUCACAGUCUUUUAAAUUAGAGAAUAAAUUUUCUAUCCAGUUUCUGUGAAUCACAAAAGAGUUUUUUGUUGUGAUCCCCAAAAUGGAGUUGGUUCUCAUUGUCUGGGCUGUGUCUCCGAGCCUCAAUCCCAGUCCAGUCUCUUGUCCUCAGUGUUUAAAAAUGAGUCGAGUUCAUGUCCCUAUUAUUGCUGCUUUUUCUGGCAUAAAUACGACACCUGUUACAUUAUUUAUUAAUCACUGUAUGAAGACUGCAGGGGCUGAUCUAGAUGCUGUAAACAUGGGGGAAUUGGCCCAUACCGAGGGGGGUCCACAGAUACACUCAAACAGUGAUUUUUUUCUAAUUAUGGUAGGUGUGCACAGUAUUUUUUAAGCCGUUUUGAACAGAAAAGUAGAUUUAAAAUAUCAAAAUUAUAUUCAUUAUUUGUAAAAAAAUAUAUAAAAUAAUAUAAAAUAGAUGCCAUCUGAAAAAAAAGACAAAGUUCACAUCUGAGAAAUUAAAUUGAAGCAAUUCUUCAGGGUUGAUUCAAGAGCUGGCGAACAAUUUCAUGGAGAAAGAUAGAUCUACUGUAUAUUACAACUUCAGUAAAUGGGGCACAAGACUGAACCAUAAGGCCAAACCAGUGCCCUAUUAAAACUGAUUUUAUCUCUAAAUUAGUCUAAAGUUCUUCUCUUCAAUUUACAAGAUCUAACUCAGACAGUGCUUGAGUUUGAGCCCGAGACAGAGGAGUUCAUUCCCUGAGUACUGGACUCUUACUAGUACCAGUUUUGGCACGUCUUGGUUAUUUUUAGAGAAAAUUACAACUUUGUGAAAAUGAGUGAGUAAAAUUAACUUUUGUUGAAGGUUUUUGGAAUGAUUGAAGUUUAUAAAUUGAUAUUUAUUUAAAGCUCCUAUGAGGAACUUUUUAUCUGUGUUGACUUUGGCGCCCUCUGUGGACAAAACAGUUACUCCUACAUUGUUGCUGUUUCAUGUCAUUUUUCGGAAAGUAGUGUUAGAUUAUAAAAAAAACCUCCUGUGUCGUUUUCACAGUGUAAUUAAUCACUCACUGUGAAUAGCUGCUGUGGAAAAAGUCGAAAACUUCUUCAGUGUACCUACCCCCACAGUUAAAGACAUAAAGAAUCACCCAGAGGAACUUGCCCGUCUUGUCAUUGAUGGUCUCAUUGGAUUUUUGUAUAUUAUAAAAACACUUCACUGUGUUUUCAGCCUGUUUCAUACCAUUUAAAAAUCUCCUCACAGGGGCUUUAAGGAGUAAUUGUUUGGCCAUUUUUAGCUGUUUUUUCACUCUGCCAGUUCGAUUUUACUCAAUUAUACAGGUCACAAUCACACUGUGCAAAUAUUGUUGUACUUACACAGACACAGAAAGUCUUGAUACUGCAAGUAUUUUGCAAAAAUUGACAAAAAUUUAACCUUUGAUAAACUUGAAUUUCUACUUGUAAAAAGUACAUUUUGUUUGCUCAAGGUUAAACGUCUGACAAACAGUCUUUUAAUGACUGACUGUAGUGAAGCAGAGGCUCUCUGCUCUAUAAAUCUUGUUUUAUGGAUGUAAGAAAACAUGCUUGAUUUUAUGGGGAUGUAAAAAUAGGUCAUCAUGGACAUUUAUUGUGGAUCUUAUAACAUCCUUACAUCUGUUGGAAUGACAAAUCAUCCUGCAGUCACACUGGGAAUAGCAGUCCACCCACAUGUAACACCUACAGAGCCUGCUGUUUACAUUUGUCUAGACACAAAUCCACCAACACUGUCCCUGAGAAAGUGCAUUCAUAAAGCCUCACUGUUUCUCCUCCGGACUUUAUUAAAGCCAAAUUAAACACAGGUGAGCUGGUGUGUGUUCAAAUCACCUGUGUUUGCAGUAACGGGAUUUGUGGCGAGUGCGCAGUGAAGGUGAUCAAGCAAAAGAAGGUGAUGCAGGGUGGAUGUCAGCUGGAGGAUGGCGGGGACACGGGCAGCACAUGGACUGGCUUAAAUAGCCCCAGAGGCCCCGGAUCAGCUGAUAGCCUUCAAUGUCAGCCAAGUUCCCGCUGAGAUCGGACAGGACAGGACAGAGCAGUGGGGAGGACGUCAAGCUGUGGACAUAAUGAGAAAAUGUUUUCAAUCAAGUGGCGUAGAGAUGAUACUGAGUUUGUGAUGUUUUGAGCAGAACAUCAAGUAACAAUUCCCUGAAUGAUUUUCUAAACCAAAUCUAGGGAAUCAUCGUAGUUUUUCAUAAUCAUGUUUCGGUGCUCGCAGUACCUGAGUUAGUCGAGAGAAAGGUCAAAGUCCUCGUUAUUGUUGAAAUGUCAGGGCUAAUCAACAGAACAGAAAAAUUUGUACAUUUUUUAGCCAUGACGAGAACCUCUUCUGCUCUUUUUUCACUUCAAAUUUAACAAACUGUGGCCUUCAUGAACUGUGCAGUUGUGAAACAUUCAGACCAGCAAACAAAUGGAAAAUUAUCUGCGACCUUCAGGGUCCAGAGUCCCUUCGUGCCGUUAUUUGUUUCGUGUUUCAAGCGCCCACAAACUCAAUUUCAAAGCACCUUUCACUGACUCUUGCUGUUGCUAGGUUACCGAAAUUGUCCCCAUGCAGCAACCUCCAGUCUUGAGGAAUGAAGUUUCUGGCUGGGACAGAGCAGAAGUGCUGAAAACUGCAGUUCCUUAAGUGUCCACUAGAGGCUGGCUCCAAAGGCCCCACAGGCCACAUACACACCCAUUCUAAAGAGUUCCUCUUUACAGCAAAAAUACACACUUUUAAAACCUGGUACAAAAAAAUUUUUAGUCUGAAUAGUUCAUUCCUCUAUUCUGACACAGAUUUGAUAUAUAAGCCAACACUUAAUGUUACAAGAUUUGCACAAUUAGCUGACGACAGCUUCAGGUAAGCUUACUGUACGGAAGAACCUCUCUACCUUAUAUUAGGUCCACUGAAAGUUAGGUUGACCCCCAAUUUUCACUGCAUCCGUAACGGCAGCGAUUUUCACCGUCAGCCAAUUCCUACCGGAUCCAUUUGUAAGGCGAAUUUCAUGGCGGGUUACGGACAGCAGGAAUUGCGAGAACUCACAAGAACCCACAGAUUCACGUGCAAUCGCGCGAUAACAAGUUGCCUCUAGCCACAUAGGCUCACCAUAUAAGCAGUAGAUUUUGUCCUUCCAGAGGAGGAAAUCUACUUCUAGACUUAUAAAAUCAGCAUCCUCUCAUCCAUGGUGUCAUCGGGGUGAAAUGCUAUCUAUAAAACUUUCGGUUGUUCGUCUCCGCCCGUUUGCAUGGUGUGAAAUACGAUCCGCCUGAAACACUGUUUUAUUUUGAAAAGAAGAUUUUGUGUUUGUGCCGACUUCCUUUCCAGCACGGGUUAAUCUGUGCUGAAUUUAUCUGGUAUGCUCCGGCGUCCGGCAAUCUGCAGUGGUACAGAAUGAAGCCGGUGGAAAUUGACACAUUAACUCGGAUGGUUACGAUCAGCUUCGAUCUGCGGAUACGGCCUUUUUGUAGCCGUUUUGAAUUCAGUGGAAAUUGGGGGUAAAACGGUUCAGGGGAAAGCAACACUGGCGGUGUUCUAAAAUCAAAACCAUUUUUUAAUCUGACAUCGACAAACUACAGCUGACACGGGGGUGAUUUUGCACUUAUGACACUGAGUGCAAAAAUGUCAAACUGCUUUGUUUAGAAACUAGUGGACACAGACUCUUACUGAUUGAAAACAACCUCUGAAAAACUGACAAAUUUUCCAGUUUCCUCUCUUUAAACUCAGCAGUUGAUUGCUUUCAUAACCUUGGCAAACAGUUUAUUUUUGUCAAAAAAUUGGAUCAACAAGCUUUGAGAAUAAUCAAGUUUAGACACUGCUCUAACCGACGCUUUUGGUUUCCAUUUCAAUGAUUAUACAGUUUUAUAACAGUUGAUGUUCAAUAUUUAGACUUUACAAGGUGAGAAACAGAAAUGCACUCCAUGAAGUAACAUAUGACGACCGAGAAAAGAAGAAAGAGCAGGUUUAUAUCGAUCAAUCAUUCAGCCAAUAGCGCCAAUUUAAAACAAACGUUAUCUGUAUUUUUGUCAAAGGAUAGUAAAAAUGCUGUCAUUACAUUUUAGAUGAAGCUCCUCUGAAGGUUUUCGUCACUGUUGGUCUUUUCUGGACUGGUGCACGGUGUUCAUUCAUGGACUCAGUGUCUUUGUGAGGGAGGAAGGUCAGACAUCCAGUUUCCUGAUGUGCAUUUUCUCCCUGCAGUUCUGGGGAGAAUAAAGUGCUGAACAGAGUUAUUUAUACACCGUGACUUCAGGUCUCCUAGGAUCCAUAAUUCAGGACCCGGUGGAAAGUUUUUUUUUUUCCCUCUAAUUACUGAAGUCAUUUUGAUGCGAUAAUUCCAGAACUGUGACACUGCAUGUACAUGAGAUCUGAGUGCAUGUUCAAUGUUUUUAUCCCGCAGGUAGCGUCGCCCUAUUUAACCUCUGCUUAUUCUGUGAAGUACUCCAGUCAUGAAACAUUAAAUAAAUGACAGACAUGCUCUCUCUUUAGUUGCUUUCAGUGUCCUUCACUGAAACUCAAAGUGAUUUUGAAGCUUUUUUUCUGGAUUUAUGACAGAAUAAAUGAUUUUUGCUGUCCUGUUUUCUUGUGUAACACGUGGUGAAGAGGUUGUGAAGCCUAAUUGGAUGAUAGAAACUUUAUCAGACACUGUGUAACCGCAAGUCAGGGUCACACUUUUCACUAUUUAGUGCUAAAAGCUUCAGGUGUAAAGUCCACUGUGGGGUCGGUCCAUGCAGCAGUAAUCUCAUUCAUUCAGCGUGUGUGUGUGUUUGCGUGUGUCUGCGUGGCCAUGCACCGGGCGCAGCUGUGAGAGAGUCAUAACUGAUUACCUGGAAAUCGAGCCGUGUGAUUGAUGUGAAUGGAGAUAUCAACACCCAUGUUCACGAGCACAGGUCACCUGCUCUCGCUGUAAUACGAUUAGGCUGAGAAGAGGCUUGUGGGUAAUGUUUGCGAAGCGUGUGUGCUGUACUCCGCUGUGUAGAGGUGCGACCUGAUUUCUACAGAAACGCACUCAUGUCAGAGACUUUGAUGCCGUCUUGUUCGAUCUAGAUGUGCGUGUGUUUAACGCCACACACUCCACUGUCACACCUGCCUGACAGCUGUCCCCCGGAUAAAACGUGUUUAAUCUUUGUAAACUGCUCCUCAGUUUAUGAUCCUACCUCCUCUUCAUGUCUUAGUUCUGCGGUUUUUUCGCUUUGACCUGACGGUGUUUUAUAUUCAGAGCGUACACAUCCACGGAGGCCGAGGCAGAAUCCCGUUAUAGGAAAUGUUAAAACUCAAACGGCUCUGUUUGUACAAGAAUGAGUCAGACUCAUCCUUUAAGUGGCUGUUGAAAUUCAUCGCUUAUAAGCAGAGAACCAUCAAAUUUAUGGGAUUAGUCUGAGCGCCGCAGUUAUAGUACGCCUCAGAGGAGGACGCCAUACCCUGAAGAUGACAACGCUUUUCCAGCACUUCUGUGGAUGCACUGUUUUUACUCUGUUUAUUGCAGCAGCAUGAAAAAAAGCAUAUUUCUCUGAUCUUCAAAGACAAAAAAACACUCUGAUGUUGAUACGAUUCAACCAUGAGAACCAACUCUCCGAGGCCUGACAUGAAAAACCCUCCGCUUUAGAGCUGGCAGAUUUGUUGAAGCUCGUACGGGUCAGUUUGGCAGGACAUAAGAAGAGUUCUGUUAGGAGGUUAAGAGGGGAAAGCCUCGCUGUGACUUAGAGAUAUUUAAAAUUAGAACAGAUGGACAAAAAAAGUGAGAGACCUCUCUUACAGAUAAUGACAAUAGGGCUAGGCGAUAAUACAAUAGCGAUAUAUAUCAAACAAUUAAUUUCCCUCAAACAUGGUCGAUAUGCUUUUCGGUAGUCAGCAUUCUGCCAUGUUUUUGUAGACUAUACGAAUAGCCAAUGAAAGGGGAGUUGCUCCGGGUCUGCUUCAUGCUGAACCAAUCAUGUGCUGAAUAAGAACCAAGUAGCAAACAACUGCAUAGUAGCAGGCUGCAGCUACACGCAACCACAGCACUUAAACACGUGAAGCCGACAACACUUUAGGUGAGAACAAAAGAAAAUGAGCGCUAUCCUGGAAGAAAUGCAGGUGAAGACUCAACAGAUGACGACAUCAUUGACAACACUGGCACGACAAUGUCAGUGGUGUGGAGGUAUUUUUGUUUUCUGAGGUCGGACAUGAAGCAGAGUAAAGUGCACUGCAAAUUAUGUCGAGUACAUGUUCUCGCAAAGUCUGGGAAUACAACAAAUCUUUUCACCAAAAAGUUACAAACCCCGAGUGGAGCAAGGAGCCCAUUCAGUCGCUUUCUCUAGCACAACGCCUUACGACAAAACGCCAAAGAGACACAAAGACCUCACAGAUGCAGUAGCUUAUUGUUUUGCAAAAGACAUGCUACUAAUAAGCACUGUUAAAUUUCAUUUUUUUAUAUCAUGAUAUUUAUCGAUAUCAACUGAUAUGAAAAAAAUAUACCGUGAUAAACUUUUUCCCAUAUCGCCCUAACCAACCACAGAAGACACCACGCAAUAUAAACCAAUCAGAAGCAACGUAAGGCGGGUCUUGGUGUCUCUAACUAUCUUUCACACACAACAGCGCCAACAUUUAAAACCCACUCAACGUACUGCAAUAUGGACAAAUGAAUGUAUUUUGUCAAAAUUAUUGUUACAAUUUUCAUUUAUAAUUUCUGGUUAAUUAGGACGAGCAUUAGGGAGAGCAGCUGGCAUGGGGGUGAGGUCAUCAGUCUUAAGUUAUAAAUCGACGUUAAAAAAGGAAACAAAAAAUUCGCCGAACACAUCAUAACGCUAACGUCUCACUCUUGUCAUUUUCUGAAACUUGGCAGCCCUCUUAUUCUAUAACUUUAUACAUUUUACUAUCACUGUUAUAAUUUAAAUGACUUAGUAGUGACUUGGUAAUUCUCUCUACACGGAUUGCAGGACAGGAUCUUGGUCCGGUUUUUCCUAUCAGAAAUCUUUGUGUAGUAUCUCCUCAGACUGCUCUCACAACUGUCACUGUUUGCCACAGUGUCAACAGGCAGAGGUGAAAUGUGUCAGACUACGUGACACGUGUGAUCUAGUCGUCCUUGGCGUCACUUUUCGACCAGCAGUACGUUUGAAUUUCUGUUCUCUAUGGUAACCUUCUGCAUCUCUUCCUGUCUGCAGGUGGUGGUUGAGGACAGCUACUUAAACGAGGUGCAGAACUCAGGUAAGCCGGAGCUGAUAUUCUGAACACAACCCUCUCCUCUGUGGCUAUAAAUCCACUUUCCCUCCAUCAUGUCUCUCAUCCUCCUCCUACAUCAUCUCAUCCCUUCUGCUCUCUUUGUUUCUCCCUCCAGUUAAACCCACAUUCUGACUCAGACAGUCAUAAAACCCCUCCAUGCUGACGCCUCCUCUCUGUUUUUUUUUCCUACAUUCAGUCUUACCUCUCCUCUCCCCCUACGGCCUGCACCCCUCUGCAUUUCAUUUUUCCUCCCUGCAAGAAAAGGAGGUGGCGUUGAUGGGGGUUGGGGCGAGGAACUCCUCCUACUUGGGAUCAUUUCCAGUGCUGAUAUUCCUCUGUUUUUGCACACAUUGACAAAUGAGUGAAAAUAAUAACCUAUGAUUGCAAACACACCUCUUAUUUUUCUAUAAAAUCACCCGCCAUAUCAGUUUGACUCCACCUCAGCGCUCUUUUAACACGCCACAAAUAUUCUUAGUAUUCAGCAAAUGGUGCACAAGAUGCUGGUCUGCUGCGGCAAUCUCGUCCAGAGCUCCUUUGUUGCAAAAAUAAAUGAAUUAAAAGCAGGUGAAAUAGAGAAAAGCAGAUUUCCUUUUGCUCAGUUUUGAUCAAAUUGUGUAUUUUAUGCAGAAGAUGUCGUCGCCAAACGCCCACCCCCCAUACAGCCAGCCUCCGAGUGUGAACCGUGUCAAAUACUCAUUGUGGCUGGGAAAUGGAUUAUGGGAGCAGGGAGACUGAGUGUUCCCAUGGCGAUGGGCAGAGUAGCGUUGUCGUGGCAAUGAGGAGGGUGUUAGCUCCGAGUGUUGUGUGUGUGUGUGUGUGUGCGUGGAGAUUGAUGAAAGCCUUUAAAUGAGACUUAGAGGGAGAGGCUGACAAGAGGAAGUGAGAUUUCAAAUUAAAGGGGAUUCAAAGAUGGAGAACAGACGUAGAGAGAGGUAAUAUAAACAAAUGUUCAGUCAAGGACGUUCUGCGUCCUCUGAUGAUGGAAAUGUGGGAUGAAACCAAGACAUGACAAUGAAACUGUAGUUACGUAAUGCUUUUUUUCUCUCUUUUACUUAAUCAAAAUUUCAUCACCCCAGCUAUGAAACUUUUAUCACCAUUACAGAGCAAAUACAGCUUUCAGAAAUAUUUUUAAUUAUUCAUUUAGGUCAUGAUCUUCAACACAAAUCAAAGAACAGCAAACAUGCCAUUUUAAAGCUCGUAAAAACUCGCCGAUUUGAAAAUUCUUAACAACAUAACAAGCAGAUAAUGUCCUGAGACUGUUUGAAUCAUUUGCCAUGUAAGCCAGUCUUCAGAGCAGCUCCUUUACUCGAUGAUUAAACUCUCAUAUCUGCUUCAAAGAUGCUCCUCUCAACAAUGUUUCAAGAAUAAAAUAUUACAAAACGAUUGAAAGAAAGAAAGAACAGUUUAAGUUUUAACACAGGUGUAUUAAGUCACAAAUUUAUAUGCCUUGGUUACUAUUAUGUCAUUAACAUGUAAGACAGAAUUACACAAUGUAAAUUUCCAUUUGUUACUGAUUUAAUGUUGAAAUAAAAAAAAAUGAAAAUCCUCAAAAUUAACUACAACGGAGCUCAAAUUCUCAAUCAAAUAUUCUCGUUUUAUUGAAAUAAAUGGGACUUAGGGACUUAGCUCGUCACUGCGACUGAUUAAAAGUUAAGGUUUAAUUAAGUUAAAGCUCCUCUGAGGAAAUUUCAGUUUAUGACAGUUUUGGCACCCCCCUGUGGAAAAAGCGGUCUUUGUUUUUUUUUGUCCUCAACAUACUUAAAUGUUAAAGAUCAAAUGUAUUAGUGAAAAGUGAAGUAAAGUGAAGACAAUGACUUUUUCCACUGACACCUACCCUCUCUUAUCAGUUUCAGGCUGCAAAAAUUAUAGUAAAAAAAAUGUCAAUCCUGUCACCGAUACUUUUGUUUGCUUGAGUUUAUCAUAGAAAAACAAAUAUAUAUAUUUCAGCCUGUCUUAUAAGCAUUAAAAAAUCAUCAUAGAAUCCUAAAACGUCGUCUUGUGGCAUACUCUGGCCUGCAAAUAACGCAAGUGUUGAUGAAAAUUUUGAAGCAUCAUUUUUGAUAUCUAUUUUUAGUGUUGGAUUUUUUCAACUGAACGCCCAUCCUGCACAAACAUCAUCUUAAGUGAAAUGACGCUUACAUACGCUCUGUACGCUCGACAGGAAGGAUGAUCAUGGGGUCCAGGUUUGAGUCAAACUCAUCGUUACAUGGAUUGAAGUAUGGGUACAGCUUUUCUGUGAAGGAACACCCAGUGAAGCUGUAAAUUUCUGUCAAUGUCUGCACGUCGUAGAAAUAAAUGCUACUGGUUUCGUACCGCACAAACACGCCAACCUGCUCCACUUUUCCACGAUGCACAGUCAAGUCUGGACAACAGAAGGUUUCAAACCGAUCCUCUAUGAACCAGACGGCCCAGAGUCCACAGUCAGGCUUCCUAGGAAUAGCCUUCUUCCUCUGGAUGGACUCUGUGGCCAAGCCCAGACACCACUCACUCUUCCUGCCUACAAACACCUCAAAGUAAAACUUGUAUGUAGAGAGGGCUGUGUCACCCAGGACUGCCAAGUGUUUCCUGAACCUGUUUGGGCUCUGAUGUCUACGGAAUACUGAACCCCUGUCAAAUUUCACCUGUUUUCUGUCGUCGGAUAUGGUGAGCUGGCGGUUAGCUGUGGUGGGAUCCAACGAGAUGUCCACUACAUACUGUCGCAUAAAUUUCAGAUAGGUGUCACUCGGCUCGUCUGUGCUGCUGGAGAGCUCUUCGAUUUCUGCUUUGAGUUCCUUCAGCAGCUUCUGCAUCUGUGGCACAGAUUUGCUCAAACAUUUUCGUAUGCGAUAAAUCUCCACAAGUCCGUUCAAACUUUGUGAGUGUGUCCUGUGUGCUUGGGGGGCUAUCUUUGGCAUAUUUAUGAGGAGGUACAGAUUGUCUUCGGUCUGUUUUAGCUCUCUAAUCUUCAUCUCAGUGCUCUGCAGCUCUUCUAUUGUCUGCCCCAUGCUGUCAAAGAAACCAUCAGCUUGUUCCUCGAUCACCUGUACGAGAUCCGUCUGGCUCUGCUGAAUCUGAGAGACCAGCUGGGCCAGCUCCUGCACACUCCCAGCUAUCACGUUUUUAGUUUCUGUCUUAUUUUUUCCCACCAGCUCUUUCAUUUCUUUGACCUUCUGCAGCCCUUCCUGCUUCAUCUGCUGCACAUCAGCCUCCCAGCCCUGAAGAGUAGUCUUCGCCUCAUUGUAGGCUUGCUGCACAGAAAUGACAUUGUGGUCUAAGUGUUUCAAGCUGCAGCAAUCGUCACACAGCAAAACAACGUCAUCCCUGCAAAAUCUUGUCAGGAGUCGGGCGUGCUCCUUACAGAUCCGGUCCUCCAGGCUUGACAUCGGUUCAAGCAGCGUGUGUCUCUUCAGUCCAGCAGCUCUGUGAUGAGGCUCCAGGUGAACGUCGCAGUAAGAAGCCAGACACUCCAGGCAGGAUUUGACUGCAGUUUGCUUCGUGUCAGUGCAAACAUCACACAGCACAACGUGGCCACAGCUGGCUGACUCUUGGACCGGCUUCUGGCUCUGAGUGCCUGUCACUUUAAGAGACAUGAACUGUGAUGUGAGCUCAGAAAUAAAAGUGUUAACCUUGAGAUCCGGUCUUCUGUCAAAACCCUCCUUGCACACCGGACAGCGGAAGAUCGUGUGGAGGCCCCAGUAACUGGAGAUGCAGGACAUGCAGAAGUUGUGACCGCAUGGAGUGGAGACCGGCUGAGUGAACACAUCAAGGCAGAUUGGACAAAGGAGAUGCUCCUCAGUCAGGAGAGCGCUGCAGGAGGCCAUUUCUGCAGAAAAACAAACAGAUGAAUAUUCAGCAAACAUGUUCACAUGGAGACAACGACAAGUUUAUUCUCUAGAUUUGAAACAGCAGGUUUGGCAUAUUCUAGACACGAAGGGCUCUAUUUUCGUGCCGUUCCCGGCGGAGGGUGGCGGACCCUGCGCAGUGGUAUUUUCGUCUGGCAGAGCCCGGCGUACAGCCAGUUUGGUAUUUUCAUAGACUGAGGCGCACCGAGGUCCGCCAAGCUGGGCGUGGUGGCGUGGCAGGGGGAGGUGUCGACAGAAUCAGCUGGAGCAGUGACAUUUUUUUGCUCGCCGCCGAUUGAAACCUGGUCAGCUUUCAGCGCAGGCGGAGCGCAGCUAGUCUAGAGGUAUUUUGGUAGACCAGCGGCGUAUCGGCAACGUCACCAAUGCCUCACCGGCAGGUUUCCACAGUGUCAGGUACAUUUCAGUGCAAUAAAUAAUCAACAACAACUAAUAAUCUGAGUCAGCACAUACAUUUAGAUCUAUAUAGAUAUAUUCUGAUCUAUAUCUGAUCUGAUGCGCGCAUUUGGCACGCGUAUGGACACACAACCUGACCGAAUCAACACAGCUGAAACCGCAUUAAAUUAAAGUCUAAAAUUAGUUAUUUGCACUUUUAAUAAGACAGAAAAAAAAGAAGAAAAACUCAGAGUCAAAGUCUGGGAUUUGUACUUUAACUUGUCCAAAUGAUUGUCAUCCUCACAUGUCGAUACCAAAGUUACUGCCAUUUUGAGUCAUCAAUAUUUUUAUUGUUCAGGGCCUGAUUACCUUCACCUGCCUGAAGGUCUAAAGUCUGGUGGUGCUACUCUGCUAAAGUUAGCCACUCUUAGCAAACCAAUUUGACAAACCAAACAUGUAGACUAUCUACAUCCAAGUUUAGUCAGGUUAAAUCCACGGUGCUUAAAGCUGUUUUUUUUAGUGUUUUCUCACCUGUGGACGAGUCUGAAUUUACAUUUAUAAAUAGACAGAAGAGAUAUAAAUGUCUUCGAACUGAACUCCGGAGGAAUUUUUGACUGCACUGACAUCUAGGUCAAAAUUUUCUGCUGGUAAAAGUCUGAAAAAACUUCUGUGGAGACUUUUUUUUCCGACUGUCGCUCCAGGUCGCACAUUUUUAUGUCGCUCCAUUGAGGAAAAAGGCCUUUCUCUGAUAAAACCCACCAAACACCCGACGUCACUUAGACGUAUUUUUUUAGGCUUAGCUACGUCGGACCGUCAUGGCCGUAAUUUUGCCCAAAAAAGACGUUGAAAACUGGGUUUUAUUUAGACGGCCCGAGUCUAGACGUUAUUUAGACGUGAAAACGUCUGUUCAGCGUCUUUUCAACCACGUUUGGCUGAGUGGGAACGUGGAGAAGCAGACACACACAUUUUGGUUCAUCAGCAGCUACUUACGUGUGUUUGUUGCAGAUCUUUUGGGGAGUUUUACUCGGAGAGGAAAUCCGGUUUCUCAGUGAAGAAGUUUACUUUCAUGUGAGGCGUGUCUUAAAGGCACAGGCACACCUCUGUCCCCGUGCUUGACUGUGCUCUGUAUUAUUCAUUGUUUGAGGAUACAUUUCUGUUUCAGCUCAGUACAUUUCUGCCUGAUUGAUUUCCUGCUUCACUGCCUCUCCCCUUUGCCUUCCUCCUCUUAUCUUCCUCCAAAUUGGACCCUGUGUGUGUGUGCACCUGUGUGUGUUUAUGUGUGAGGGGGGGCGUGAGUGUUGGUUGCACUGUGCAGAUAAUGUAACGGGGUGCCAAGCUGUGUGUGGAGGAGAGAUAAGACGCUUGUUGGUUGUUGAGGCUCCUCUGCCAUUAAUCAGAGUUUAGUCGCUGCUCUCCCUCAAAAACUGCUACAGCUCCGGGGUGUGCAGAGACGAAGAGAUCUCGAAGAAAACCAAGCAACACUUUAGGGGAAUACAAAUGAGAAUUUGCAUAAACUGUUGGUUUUUUUGCUCUUGGUUUGGUGUUUUUUAAAGUCACUUGAUAUGCAGGAAAAAGCAGAAAAUUGAGGAUAAAUCAGGGGAGAGGGUCAAGAGAUAAGAGAUAAGAACGACAAAAAGAAAUAUAAAUUUACAAGACUUAUUUCUCUGUGUAAACACUAUCUCGAUCAAUCUUUAUUUACAUGUGCACCAAAUGUAAUCUUAAGAUGCUGUUUAGCAAGUGCAGAUCCAGACUGUACUCUGUGUCUGAAUUAUUUAGAAAGACCCAACAUGCAGAUAAGAUUCAGUCCCAUUUUACAGAAUCAGACUCUGUCUUAUCUCAUCUUAAUCCACCACGAGCAAAGCGGUUCACAGCAUUUAGCAAGUUACAGCAGCAAGAAACAUCCUCGUCCUUGUUUUACAGACAGAAACUUAAAGCAGAAGAGUAAGGAAACAAAGAGGAUGUUAAACUCAAUAAAGCUCAAAUUAUUAACUCGCAAUCCGCUGAAUAAAUGAUCUCAUGUGUGAUGUAGUCAGGAAAAGCAUCAGGCCACGAACUCUGGGAUCACAGAGGAUUUCUUUCUUCAAGGUCGCGAUAAAAAACAAACUUUUAAAGGUGUGCAGUCUGUCUGUGUGCAUCUGUAGGUUAGUAAGUAUAAAAGGAGUCCUAUAAUACUUAUUUCAUAUUUCAUUAUUUCAGUCUAACAUACAGAUGAAGUAGCUUAGCAUGAUUUUCAGCCCCAAAAUCUCCUCACUGAUCCCACACUAGCAUCUGUUCAAACCCUUAUACCUGCGUUAUUCAGCCUCUGCCUAAGAAGAUUUGUUUUGGCGGCUUUUUCACAGCCUGAUGGUGUUACUUUUUACACAGCUCUGAAAUCAUUUCACUACGGAAACCCUAAACAGACAUGUUUUUUUUUUUUACCCCCGUUUUCUCUAGAUCACGAGAAAACUAUCCCAUGAUCUCGAGAAAACAAGGCUUCAUUUUCUUGAGAUCACUCAUUAAUUUUGCGGUGGACUAGAAACAUUGAGCUGAUCACCGUACGCGGUGCGGUGUCUGCGGUGUCCGCCUGUCGCUACCUGAUCCUGGAAACCCGAUUUGUACUGCGCAUGUGCGAAAUGUACGUCACUUCCUCUACUGGCCAUCUCUGCGACAGCUCAGCGCGUCUUUGCCCCCAGUGGUUUGCAACAGCUUUGACACUUGUUCGACAGCUUCAGCAUCAGCGAGCUCACUUCAGUCAGAAUGGAUGCUUCAGUUUAUCACCAGCUUUUCAAGAGAAUGGCGCCCAGUUUCACGAUUAAAGGUUCCUAUUUCAAGCUUAAUUGUAAAAUUGCAACGAAGUUAUAAAAGGCUUGAAUGAAUAUGAAUAUUUUAUCGUUGAAGUUGAAACGCUGUAUAAAAACGCUAUUUUUAAUUGUCCAUAAUGUGUAGGUUUCUUUUAAUUAAUUUAUAUUUAUAACACAAAUGAAAUAAAUCCCCCCUUGAUACUUUGAAAAGUCAGAGAACCAUGAUUUUGACCAGGUUGUGGCGCUCUCUGUGACCCGGGAAGAGUGCAAAAUGGGUGGCCACACACCCCCAGAGCAUCCCCCCUUGAUACUUUGAAAAGUCAGAAUAGGCGAAUACCAAGUCCACCGCAAAAUUAAUUCAUGAUCUCCAGAAAACGAAGCCUUAUUUUCUCGAGAUCACGAGAAAACUAUCUCAUGAUCUCAAGAAAACGAGGGUAAAAAAAAAAAAAAACAUGUCCGCUUAGGGCUUCCGUAGCUCUGUUAGCACAUGUUGGCUGUUGUUGGAUCAGCUGCUGUCAUUAUGUGACUUCAGUUGUUGUUUUACAUACAGCUUUACCAUGAUGCUUUGCAGCUUUUGCAGUUUCUCUCUCACGCUCUGCUGUAUAAUUCCUCUUCAUUGAUGUGUGCUGUAAGGUUGUAUUAGUCCACAGUACUCGCUCCAUAUUUUGUGGCCUAAUUUAGCUCCACUUUGAUGUGAGCAGCUUCCCUCUCAGUCAGUCUAAGCUUCACUCACACAUUUGCUCUUCUCAGAGAAGAUUACAGGAAGUGUCCGACCCUUUAUGUGUAGAAAAGGCGGUUUAAGGUUAUGUGAAUUUCACCCAUUUAACAUCCGUGGGGAAAAUGCAUUAGUCUGAAUCCAGCUGUGGCUGUGGACAGAGUAUGAGAAUCUUCCAUGUAAGCUUUAUGUGCAGAUGAAAUACAGACAUGGGGAUGAUGUGGCCUGAAUAAGAGUCACUUCCACUCCUCUCUCCCCUAAAUUCCCCCAAACUUUCCUCAUUUCUCUCCCUUUUCUUCACAUUGUCCUCUACGACUCAAAUCCUCCUGCUUUUGUCCUCAUCAUCUCUUUCUCCAAUCUUCUCCAACACGUCCUCACUCUCUCCUCUCCCUCCCCUCUUUUUCUUUAUGCAGUGCCUCUGUCCUGCUCUGAGGGAUUCACUGAGUUGGGAUACUAUAACGGCACCGUGUCUCAGACGGACUCUGGCGCCCCCUGUCUGAAAUGGACCGAGUUUCCAGAUUAUGUGAUGCAGUACCCGGGCCGGGGACUGGGCGACCACAGCUUCUGCAGGAACCCGGACCGAGAAUCAAACCCAUGGUGCUUCUUCAGACAAAACUCUGGAGCCAUCGGUUGGGCUUACUGCGACUGUCACCAGGGUAUGACUUUGAAUUUUCUCAAUAUUACUCAAAAUAAACAAAAUGUUAAGAUUAGUUUUAAUGCAAAGGGUGACAACAUGAAAAUAUAAGACAGAUUUAUCACAAAAGGCUUUUUUGAAGAGCGGUAAAAGUUUAGAAAAAUAAAGGAGUCCCCUGUAAAAUGAAACUUAGGGUAGAAGAACAGAGAAUGGAGCUAACCGUAUCAUUAUUACUCUUUUAUUCUGCAUGUUGAUGAGUCCCUAGUGCAACAUCUCCCCUCUUUCACUUUCACUCUUCUGGCUUCUGAUCUUUUUUUCAUUUAAGACCCUUUAAUUGACAAAAAUCAGUCUCAACUUAAAGCUAACUUAAAGGGAUAUUCCGGUGCAAAAUUAAUUUAGGGUCAAACACCGAGUUAGACACCCCCUCAACAGAUGAAUGUUGCCGACCACUAGCUUUUCUAGUUAUACCAAUUUUAGUAACGACUGCACGAUAGCAAUACACAGCGGUCUGAGGAGCCAAACCUCGACCAAAACGCCACUGUAUAACCACAAAUAAUGCUCAGAAAAGCAGCUAACUUCAUCAUUAUGGCUUUUGUCACGCCUCAAUAAAAAAUGACAUGAGACAUAUAGGAAAGGAGUACAGCGGGGUGACGCAGCUCAAGGAAGAACAUUUAUGAUCAUUUCUUUAUCAUUUCCUUGAAGUAAUAAUCAUAAUAUUUAUCAUUUUGCACUGCAGACACAGUAGUUCUUCUGCCUAAGCCUCUCUGUCUGAUUGCAUUUCCAUGAAGAAAUGAUCAUAAAUGUUCUUCCUUGAGCUGCGUCACCCCGCUGUAGUCCUUAAUGGACUGGCCUGAGGUCUCGCUACAAACAAGCGGCUGCUGGAAGAGAGUAGGUGAGUUGUGUUUAGUCUCUUUGCUAAAAAAAUCAGACAAAGCUAAAAAGAUGUUUGGUGGCUAGUGUUUUGGCUAGGACCCAAUAUGUCCUGUUGAAGUUAGGUGCUGUUCUGAGCAUUAUGUGUGGAUUUUUGGUUGAGGUUUGUUUAUGGCUCCUCAGACCGCUGUGUAUUGCUACCAUGCCGUCAUUACUAAAGUUGGUAUAAUUAGAGAAGCAAGAGGUCGGCAACAUUCAUCUGCAGAGGGGGUGUCUAACUCGGUGUUACGGUGUGUUUGACCCUGAAUUAAUUUUACGCUGGAAUAUCCCUUUAAAGUGAGGAACUUUGAUUUUGUCCCCUCCUGUGAAAAGUGGCGCCUCUUAUCUCUUGUCCUGCACAUUUAAAGUUUAUGUUUUUAGAUUAAAACUUAACUUUUUUUCCUUUUUAAAAAAAUGUAAAAAAAUGAAUAAAAAUGCUGUCUCCUUGAGUUUGACGUCAGGCACCCAGCCGGACAUUUAGCCCUAAACUGUCUCAUUGGUGUCCUUCAGGUGCGGCUCGUCUGGUUGGCAGUUCCUCUCCUGGCAGCGGGCGUGUUGAGGUCUACCUGAACGGUCAGUGGGGAGCGGUGUGUGACUCCCACUGGUCGGACAGAGACGCCAGUGUGAUCUGCAGACAGCUGGGUCUGGGGUGAGUAAAGAAACCCAGACAGGACUCCUCCUUCUCCUUCCUCUGGUGUCAUGUUUCACAGCUCGCUCUGACCGCACCUUUCCUGCUCAAACAGUGACAUCGGCACAGCCCUGCAGCACUCACAGUUUGGCUCAGGCUCAGGCCUCUUCCACUACGAGCGGCUGGGUUGCCGUGGUGAUGAGAACAGUCUGAGUAAGUGCCGGAGCAGGACGUUCGUCACAGGUGACUGUAGCCAUGGAAACGAAGCAGCAGUGGUGUGUGCGGCACCAGAAGGUCAGUGUGACUUCUACAGUGUCAUUAAUAUUUCCACCUUUCCACCCGGGACUCCAAACCUUUUCUGUGAUUAUAGAUUCAUAAAGCUGAGACAGAGACGGAAGCUGAUAGGACUCAGGUGUAUUUCUGCAUCUUCUCUCAGGUAGCGGUCCUCCUCUGCGGUUGGUAGGCGGGGAGGAAGACUUUGAAGGUCGUGUGGAGGUGUUUCACGCAGGACGGUGGGGCUCCAUCUGUGACGACCAAUGGGAUGACAGAGAUGCCGAGGUGGUGUGCAGACAGCUGGGGUUUGGGUAAGUCGGAGCUUUCACACCUUCACUUCAGGUUAACUCAUGUGUGGUGUCAUUAGGAAGCUUUUACCCACAGUGUUCACAGUGAAAUCACACUCAAAAAGGUGUGGAGGAUACUCAGCAUCGAAGCUGUUAUUCACCGUGACACCUUUGGGGCUUCACAUCAGCAAAUAUAGUGACACCUGGAGGCUGUUAAACUUGCUAUCAUUCUAUUAUGAGACGCCAAGCCAAAGCAAAUAGACCUGUGUGAUCUAAAAGACAAACAUCUUUGUCCUUUUUUGGACAUACUGCACCUUUAAUGGCUACUUUUUUUACAGUGAUUAAAAUUCACCAUAUAAAAAAAACCUAAUAUUUAUUAAAGCUCCUGUGGGGAGUUUUUUAAAAUUCAUACCGAUGCUUUUAUAUGAUAAACAAAAGCAAACAGGACCAUCAGAGACGAGACUGACGAUUCAAGAUUCUAGUUUUUAAGCCUGACAUCAAUGUGAGGAGGGAGGCAUCCCUGUUUGUACUUUAACCGCAUAAAAUAUUCGCAAUAAAUAAUACGUUUGAUUAUUAAAAUCACCAAGAUUAGAUUUAGAUAUGUAGAUGAUGGAAUAAGCAAAGACUGCUUUGUCCACAGGGGGCGCCAAAACAGACACAAACUGAAAGUUCCUCACAGGAGCUUUAAAGGGACAUUCUGGCGUAAAAUUAACUUAGGGUCAAACACACUGUAACACCGAGUUAGACACUCCCUCAACAGACGAAUGUUGCCGACCGCUUGCUUCUUUAGUUAUACCAACUUUAGUAACGACCGCACAAUAGCAAUACACAGCGGUCUACAUCUCCACGUGCAUACCUCAACCAAAACGCCACUUUAUAGCCACAAAUACUGCUCAGAACAGCACCUAACUUCAUCAACAGGACAUAUAGGGUCCUAGCCACAGGACUAGCCACCAAACAUCUUUUUAACUUUGCCUAAUUUCUUAAGCAAAGAGACUAAACACACUCACCAUCUCUCUUCUAGCAGCUGCUUGUAUGUAGUGAGACCUCAGGCCAGUCCACUACGGACAACAGUGGGGUGACGCAGCUCAAGGAAGAACAUUUAUGACUUUUAUGAACAAUAUGUUGAUAUACAGACAGAUCACAUACAGAUACACAAAAACAAACCCACAAAAAACUUCAUUUCCGAGGUUUACUGCAGUGAUAGUCUCUCAUGUGUUUUCAACUGUGUUCGGCUCCAGUGACACCCAUGUGAAAAACUCACUAACGAGCUCAUUUUAGCUGUUUUUUUUUUUUUGUUCUAAACAACUUGAUCGACUAUGAUCAGCCUCCUUCAUUACCGCUGCUGUAAAUAUCACUCAAAAUGACUGAAAACAGAUGGACAGUAGAUGUUGAUUUGUGUCUCUCUCACUCAUUUGUCUGAUUUUAUUUGGAUCUGUGCGUACGCUCUCAUUAAGAACUUGUUGUAGAUGGUUGCUGAUUAAAGCUUUUCUAUAAAAUCCAGUCAGGACAGAUGUUCUCUUGUUUUUCUGAUUAGGUGUAGUGAAGUUAUUCAUCCAGCUGCUGUAAAGUUGCUGUUUUGAAGUUUUCUUUGGUCCACUCUCACUUCUGUUCACCGGUUGGUGUUGCUGACAGGAUUGAAAGAUUAUAUUGUCGAGUACGAAGUGCAGAGGGUUGAUGAAUCAGCUUCUGUACCACUCUGAAUAAAAUGAAUGUGACGUCUUGCAGUAGUAAUAUUUCAGCUGCCACUAUUCCAGUGUUAUUCCCCACAAACUCCUGAGUGAACAACCAUUAGUGAUCUGUGGGAGCUCAUUGUCAAAACUCUGGAUCAGAGCACAAAGGCGUCAUCUGGAUCAAAGUUCUCCCACCCGGGAAACACCGCUCAGAUUUAACUCAGUAUCGUCUGCUGGAGUUUCUUCCUCGUGUCUCCUGCUGCGGAGGUGUAGCAAAUUUGAGCGUCAAGCAGCGAUGAAGCGGUGUAAGUGUGAAGACGAAGAACCGCUUCCCUGUUCGACAUGAGGUUACAUUUCAUCUCCUCAAACGCUGUGGGACGUCUCACCAUCCGUGUUUGUGAUUUUGAAUAAUAGAUGUUCUGACGCAGAGGCACAGAUUCUCACACAGCUGCUCACAGGCGCUCAUGUGCUGUGAUUAUUGAGGGCAGAAUCACAAUGAUUCGCUUUUACCACCUGCGAAGUGCUUCUUCUGCAGGAAGACAAACAUGGACACAUUUUACACGAGUGUUUUGUUUUUGUUUUUUUAUUUUUUGUGAGCCUCUACUGGAGAAAAUCGAGGGAGUGGCUCACCUCAUUUACCUUUGACUAUUUUCUAAAUUUUUUAAAAUAAUUAUAAUUGCAUGGAGGAUGACAGAAGCUUUUAUAUUUUGCACUCUAUUGCAGCUUAAAAAUAAAGUUAAACUGUAUGCAGCUGCAGAAACGCACAUUCCCACACGGACAAAAAAAGCUCCUUGAAACAUUUCAGCAUCAAUAAAUUAUCAGCCCAUGAAUGUUUCAACGUCUGUGUGGGAACUUUUCAUUAUUUAUCUGUACAAUUGGGUUUAUUUUAGAAAUUUGCUUUAUUUUAAGAGUUUUUUCCUCCCUUUUUUUGUAUGUGAACAGCUAUGGAGCCGUUAAGCAGAAUGGGAAUAUUUGUCAUGGUUAGAGGUUGUCAACACUUUGGUAUUUGAGGUUAAGCUGUUAUAAUGAGUCUCUGAAUUCACUCUCGGUUGAGGUAGCAGAAAGCAGUAUAAUCAUUUAAUGGGAAAAGCCACCUUCCUCUCUAUUGGCUGGCUUGUAUCAAUCUGCUAAGCCCCUCCCACUAAUUGAUGCACCAAACAUGCACUGCAACCAUCGUAUUCAGCCAGUUACAUUGGACUCAUUGAAUAGGAAAAUUCACUGCAGAUCAUACAAAAGAAGUGACCAUAAAACUCCCGAACCCACUAAAAUCCACUAAAAGUUUAGUUUCUUGAACACCAACUGUAAGUGUAUUUGUGUGUGUGUUUUUUUUGCAGGGGUGUGGCGAAGGCCUGGUCGUGGGCUCACUUUGGUCAGGGCACAGGUCCGAUCCUCCUGGACGCCGUGAAGUGCUCUGGAAACGAGCUGUUCCUGGAUCAGUGUCCCCAUGGCGACUGGGAGCAGCACAACUGCGACCACAUGGAGGAUGCCGGCGUCUCCUGCAGCCCCUAUACGGGUACACAAACACACACACACACACACACACACAGGCUGAUGUACACACUGAUAGGCUCUCAGCGGGUAUUUAUGGGCUCUGAACAUCAAUAAAUCAUUACAGCAUGAAGCAGCAACAUCCUCCCUGUGACAUUUAUGAGAGCUGAGGAAUAACAUCACUGCUGGCAUGAAGCAGCAGCGAGCGUUCAUCAAACUAAGAUCAGAUUAAUAAUUAAUACUAACGUUUUACAUUAAUAGUAAUGUUAAUGGGAAGUUCAUUAUGGUUGAGUCUUUAAUCACAGUCAUGGUGGUAAAAGACUUAAUAACAGCUCCUACAUGAAACUCUUUCAGACGGCGUGGUGCGGCUGGUUGGAGGUGACAGUCCCUGGGAGGGUCGGGUUGAGGUUUUCCAUAAUGGCGACUGGGGGACGGUGUGUGAUGACCACUGGAACCAGCAGCAUGCAGAGGUGGUCUGCAGACAGCUGGGCUACAGGUGAGGCUAGUUGUUAAAGUGUACUGGGACUCUUUGGACUGAUGUCCCCACUCCAACCGCGUGAAAAAACAACUCACCUUUCUCCACCUUUAGGGGUCACGCUGAGGUCGUUUCAGACGGGACGUUCGGUGAGGGCGUCGGUCUGAUCCUGCUGGAUGACGUCCACUGUGAGGGAUCGGAGACGUCUCUGCUGGACUGCAGACACGGGAUCUGGGGGAGGACGGACUGCUCCCACAGCGAGGACGUCGGUGUUCGCUGCCGGGGACGAACAAGCCAAGAAACCAACGAGGUGCCCGCUAUCGCACCUGCAACAGGUAAGAGCUGAGAGGAGCUGUGGAGUACAGAGAGAGGCUGACGAGAAGGUGUCUAAGCUGCAGUUUGGAGCUGAUCAGAAACUUGGAGAUCAAACCAUCAACCUUUAACGCUUCCUCUGCCUUGAUUCUUUAUUCACCACCUAAGUUACGUCAUUUUGUUGAGAUGCACGACUUCAGAACAUUCAGAGGAUUUGGUUUGACGUGUUUUAGGAGACCGUCCCUCUCUCAAUCCAUCCAGUCAUUAAUCACUUACCCCUCAAUUUAUUCAUACAACCAAUAAUUUGUUCAUUCUUACGUCAUUUUAAUUAUCCAUUCAUCCAUUCAUUUAUUCUUCUAUCAUCUGUCAUUCAUCUAUCCAUCAGCCUAUUUAUCGUACGAUCACAAAUCCAUUUAUCCUUUAGAGCAAUUUUCCAUCAUCUAUUUGUUUAUCCAUUUACAUAUCUAUCACUCCAUUCAUCAAUCCAUUUACUUAUCCACCCAUUUGAUAAUUCAUGUUUCCAUCAUCCAUUCAUUCAUCAUUGAUUCACUUGUUUAUCCAUUAAUCUAUCAAAAUUCAUCCCUACAUCCACUGAACCACAUUCCUCUAUUCAUUCUUUUCUUCAUCCAUCUAUCUACCCAUCUAUCUAUCUACCUACCUACCUACCUACCUUCCUACCUACCUAUCUACCCAUCCAGCUACCUACCUACCUAUCUACCUACCUAUCCUUUUAUCUACCUACCUACCUAUCCUACCUACCUACCUACCUACCUACCUACCUACCUACCUACCUAUCUAUCCAUCCAUCCAUCCAUCCACCUACCUACCUACCUAUCUAUCCAUCCAUCCAUCCAUCCAUCCACCUACCUUCCUACCCAUCUACCCAUCUACCCUUCUAUCUAAAAAAUCUAUCUAUCUAUCUAUCUAUCUACCCAUCUAUCUACCUAUCUACCUACCUACCUAUCUAUCUACCUACCUACCCAUCCAUCUACCUACCUACCUAUCUAUCUAUCUAUCCAUCCAUUCAACCAUCCACCUACCUACCUACCUACCUUCCUACCUACCUAUCUACCCAUCCAUCUACCUACAUACCUACCUACCUACCUACCUACCUACCUACCUAUCCUAUCUACCUACCUACCUACCUACCUACCUACCUACCUACCUACCUACCUAUCUAUUUAUCUACCUAUCCAUCUACCAACCUACCUACCUACCUACCUACCUACCUACCUACCUACCUACCUAUCCUUUUAUCUACCUACCUACCUACCUACCUACCUACCUACCUACCUACCUAUCUAUCUAUCUACCCAUCCACCUACCUCCCUCCCUCCUUCUCCCUCUCCCUCUCUCCCUCUCUCUCUGCUGAAAACACUCUGGCCUCAUUACAAUGAGAAAGGCGUCUGAAUAAAGAGACGGCGGGCUGCAGGUGACAUUUUACACUGUCAUCCUCGGUGUCACACACACUGUAGGCUGGAGCUUUCAGAUGCACAGAAAUGAAUUUCAAUGAGAGUUGUGUGUCAUUUUCUUGUCAGGUCCCCUGGUGCGUCUCGUUGGUGGCAGCAGUAGAAAGGAGGGCCGUGUCGAGGUGUAUCUCCAUGGCGACUGGGGGAGUAUUUGCGACUCUGGCUGGAACGACCUGAACGCAGUGGUGGUGUGCAGACAGCUCGGACACAGGUCAGUAUUUAAAGCAAAGUAAAGUAAAGUUAACUCAGAAAAGAAGUGAUAUAAAAAUAGAUAAUUUUCCUCCUUCAGUGGCGGAGCGGUGGCAGCAUCAGGGUUCGGUCAGGGGAAAGGACCCAUCCACCUGGACCAGGUGAGGUGCACGGGAAAGGAGGAGUUCCUGGGGGAGUGUCCCUCUCUGGGUCAGAGCAUCCAGGGCUGCAGACGGAGGGAGGACGCGGGUGUGAGGUGUGACGUCUCACCGAGGAAGACAGCUGUGCAGACCAAGCCUCAGGAGCAGAGCUGUGGGCUGAGGAAGCUGGUGGAGGAGGAGAGCAAGAGGGGGAGCCAAGGAGAGGAGAACAUGCUCAGGUAAGACUGUCACGUCCAGAGAUCUGUGGGGUUUUUUUGUCUCUAAAUCAAACAGUGAAGCUUUAACAGUGUGAUUGUGUUGAUAUACCAACUUCUGCUGCCUGCAGAUGUAACAACAAUAAACUCUGAGACUCUGAAAAUGAAAAUGAUAAGUAGCUGAUAUUCCUCGACCUUCCAUAAGGAAAGAUUACAGACAUAUAUCGUCAGCAUGAGCAGUAACACAGCUGUCAGUGCAGCCUGGGAGAUUAAAAAACAACUCCUCAAACAACAUAAAACAGAAGAAGAAAGAUGUUCCCUCUCUUUUCCAGGACUACAUGGCCGUGGCAGGUGUCUGUGUGGCUUCACUCCCACGGAGAAAAUGGCGGCGGUCCCCUCUGCAGCGGCACCCUGAUCAGCCCCUGCUGGGCUCUGACAUCUGCGACCUGUGUCAGCAGGUAAAUCAGACGCUCCAACAUCCUUCCCUCCAUACGCUGAGUCACCAUCUUCAGCGGAAACCUCUGAGCAUCAAUCAUCCUCUCUCCUGCAGGUUUGGCAGCGACCCGUCCCGGUACGUGUUGCGUAUCGGAGCGUCGGAUCAGACUGUGACCCCGGAGCAGCUGGUGGUUCACAGGAAGUUCAAAGGUCAAAGCGGAGGCCAUGAUCUGGCGUUAUUGAAGCUACCCAGCGCCAAGGGUCACUGCUUGACUUUUGACCCCAACACCAACGCGGCGUGCCUUCCUGCUGCAGACUCAGCAUCAGGGGGAAAUCCUCCAUCUUCCUGCGUUGUCAUGGUUACCGCUGAUUUGACAGAACCAGGUACGUGCCUCUUAAUCUUAAACCCAGCUGAUUUUUGAACAACAUGGCCAUCACAACCUGUGAAAUAUCACCAUGCGUCUGUUUCUUCUUCAGUAUUUAUGACAUCAGACACAUUUUACUCUCACUUUAAGAAGGGAUGUUAAAGGGAUAUUCCAGCGUGUAAUUAGUUUAGGGUCAAACACACUGUAACACCGAGUAAGACACCCCCUCUAGAGAUGAAUGUUGCUGACCGCUUGCUUCUCUAGUUAUACCAACUUUAGUAAUGACCGCACUAUAGCAAUACAGAGUGGUCUGAGGAGCCAUAAACAAACCUCAACCAAAACGCCACUCUAUAGCCACAAAUAAUGCUCAGAACAGCACCUAACUUCAUCAACAGUACAUAUAGGGUCCCAGCCAAAGUACUAACCACCAAACAUCUUUUUAGCUUUGCCUGAUUUCUUUAGCAAAGAGACUAAACACAACUCACCUUCUUUCUUCCAGCAGCCACUUGUUUGUACAGAGACUUCCGGGUGAGUCAAUGGACUGGAGCGGGGUGCCGCAGCUCAAGGAAGAACAUUUAUGAUCAUUUCUUUAUCAUUUCCUUGAAGUAAUAAUCACCAUAUUAAUCAUUUUGCACUGCAGACAUGGUAGGUCUUCCGCCUCAGUGUCUGAUUGCAUUUCCAUAAAGAAAUGAUCAUAAAUGUUCUUCCUUGAGCUGCGGCACCCCGCUGCAAUCUGUAAUGGGGCUACAAACAAGCAGCUGCUAGAAGAGAGUAGGUGAGUUGUGUUUAGUCUCUUUGCUAAAGAAAUGAGUCAAAGUAAAAAAGAUGUUUUGUCGCUAUUUCUAUGGCUGGGACCCUAUAUGUACUGUUGAUGAAGUUAGGUGCUGUUCUGAGUAUUAUUUGUGGCUACAGAGUGGUGUUUUGGUUGAGCACGUGGCUCUCUGUAUUACUAUCUGCGGUUGUUGCUAAAGUUGGUAUAACUAGAGAUGCAAGCAGUUGACAACAUUCAUCUCUUGAUGGGGUGUCUAACUCGAUGUUACGGUGUGUUUGACUCUAAAUUAAUUUUACGCCGGAAUAUCCCUUUAAACCCAGCUGAUUUGUGAACAACUUGGUCAUCACAACCUGCAAAAUAUCACCAUGCAUCUGUCUCCUCUUAAGUAUUUAUAACAUCAAACCCAUUCUUUACUCUUGCUUUAAGAAAGGACGUCAACGUCUGCCUCUUACUGACAUUAUUUCUACCUUAAGUUGUCAUCUGCUGCCACCAUGUGGUCAUUAUUAUUAUGGUCCAAUAAUUUAGUUUAUGGCCAAAUACCCUCAACAUUCCCCUCUGCCUUAUUUGCACUCUGUGUCACAGUAAGUGCUUAUCAACAAAAGUGAUCAAUGUUUCAUCAUGAAUAUCAUUAAUUUAUUGGACUAUAUCCUCAAAGAGUAAAUCACGCCUGCUGUUCAUGAGGUUCCAGCUGAAUACCUUAUGAGGCUUUAUAACAUUCAUAUGAGCGCUCAGAAGAAUUUAUAACAGCAUAAAGCGACGUUUAUGAAGACUCACAUCCCCUCUGUUGUCUCCCACAGACUCUGUCCUCGCCUCCUGGGUCCCCCUCAUGUCGUCAUGGCAAUGUAAGAAGCGCUACGGCGACAGUUUCUCCAGCCACGGCACUCUGUGCGCCGGCAGUCCUCCUGACACCAGCUUCCUCCAUGGCGACAGUUGUCAGGGGAACUCCGGGGGCGGGCUUGUGUGUCAGGAGGAGUCGGGUCGCUGGGUCCUCACUGGUGUGGUCGCCGGGGGUUACGGCUGCUCUGCCCCCUCCUCUCCCGCUCUCUACACCCGAGUGAGUCGCUUCAGGGGCUGGAUCGAUGAGGUCACCAACGCACACGAGGAACCGCGCACUCGUGCCCAAGAGGAAAUAACACACCUGGACAAUGACGUGAUGCACACACACAGCAAGCUUAAACACGCCCAUGAUCAGCAGGAAACGAAUGAAAUCAAUGAUAUCAAACACACACACACCCAUCACUCACACACUAACCACCGUGGUAACACACACACCCACACAAACACACAAAUUAUGGUCUGAUUGAGGGCCGCGCCAUUGGCUAACCAUCUGUGCCAUGUGACCGCCUGACAUGGAGGAGGACGAGUUGAAGAAGUAAACUUUGAAGAUGCUCAAACUUUCAAUCUGCGCUCGUUUGAAAAUCUGAACUCAGUGUUGUGAAUCCAAAGUGUGUGUGUGUGUGCGUGUGUGUGGUUUGUCGGUGUGGGCAGAUGUACCGGCGCUGCCAGAGUGUGUGGGUGAUCUGCGGUGCUUUACAUGUGAGUUUGAGCCUGAAACCAUGAGCCAGAACCACAAAGUGAUGGAUCCAAAAGGUUUAGUUCGAACCUGGCAUGCUGAUCUGAGCCUUCCACUAAAAAAAAAAACAGAAAAACUCGGCAUGGCAUGAAUUUAAAAGACAACAAAUAUCUGAGGGGUAUUUCUGAGACGGUCACACAUCAAUCUAUGCGAAAAAAACACAUAUUAAUGUGCGUCUUCUGUGCAAGAUGUAAAGUAACAAGACUCCACAAAGUAACCACCGGAUCAUCUGAAAUAAGGGGAUUAUUGUGCGUCAUUCUCAUCCCUUUAAUGUUAAUAAUCUAGAUUAAGGCCAUCCUCGUCCAGAGUUCAGUUUUUAAAACCCCUCUCGUGGAUGUUGUCGCUUAUUUCAAACAGGGCUUCAGGCUGUUGUCUUUACCUUUUACUGUUCAAAGUGCUGUUCAGACCCAUGACUAAGCUAUUUAAACUCAACGCCGUACCUGUGAUUUCACAAGUUUCAGCGCUUUAUUCUCAACAAACGAUGAACACUUCACACCGCUGCUGACUCAUUUGGAGUUUAUCUGCAAGUACACGUAACAAAGAAACCCAAAUAAUAGAAUCAGAGCGGUGUGAAUGGGAAAGACGAUAAAUUACAGCGAAUAAUAUAAGAGAAUAUUAAAGCUCCUGUGAGGAGAUUUGAGCUGGUGAUGAAACAGACUAAAAUUGAUAUUAAUGUGCUUGUAUAAUCUAAAAAAGCAAAACAAGACCAUUAUCGAGCAGGGUGACUACCUCUAAAUAAUUAUUUUCAGUGUUGAAAAAAAAGUCGGUGGGGGGUAGGCGUCACACUACAAAAUUAGCUGUUACACAGAGUCUCAAUAAGUGAUACAAGGGCCUGUUGAAAGGAGCAGGACUAGAUUCCUCACAGGAGCUUUAAAUCAAUGCAGUAAAUUUUUGUUUGGUGAGGAACUUUAAGUUUGAGUCAAUGUUGGCGCCCCCUGUUGAGAAAGCAGUCUUAGUUUAUUUUAAUUGUCGAAACGGGCCUCUCUCUUCACCAUCUCGACUGACACCUACCCCCUUGCGCUGAUUUCAGACAUCAAAAUUUGGGAUAUAACAAUCAUCAGUCUCGUUAUUUGUUGUUUUGUCUGCUUUUAAAUAUAAUAUAAAGGCAUUAGUGUGUAUUUCAGUCAUUUUUAUAAACACCAAAAAACUCCUUACAGGAGCUUUAAUUUAUAGACUGACAUUCAAAGCCAUUGAGACGAUUUAAGACACAGAAACAGACUUUUUUUUUUAACUCAUCCUGCAGGAAGUACUCACAGUGGGUGAUUCAUUGUUCAAAGAAAGCAAGAAGUUUUUGGAACGGUAUUUUUAAAUGUAAAAGACUAAAUCAGCAAAGACAGUAUCAUAGAAGGAACGCCAAAACUGACCCAAACAUGCUUCAUUACAGGAGCUUUUAAAUUGGUUAAAGUGAACUAAAGUAAAUUUUUCAGAUUGAAACCAACAUUUGUUGAAUCUGACCCAUUAAAUAUUUGUAAUUAUGACCUUUGUGGAGCCUUUAGAGUUACUUCAUCUUCUUAAAUAUACUGUUAUAAGUGUAGGGAAAAUAAUCCUCUGAUUUCCUAGAAGCUGUCCAUUAAUUUUCUUACCGUACCAGACUUGCAGAAUCCAUCAAAAUAACCCUUAAAUGUAGCAGUGCGUUUAUUUUAAAUCAAUCAAACUGCAUUAUCUUACAUCAAAUAACGGAAAUGUGAUUUCUGCUGACACUACAUUGAAGAGUCUGCUGAUUGAUUUCUUAUCAAAAAGGGAGCGGGGAAAAAAAAGAGUGUCUGCCUGCACAUAACACACAAAAACCUUUUACACGCUAAAGUUUGAUUACACAAGCAGUUUAUGUUAAGUGCGCAUUAUUUGUUGGAUUUGUGUUUAAGGAGCUGAAACUUGCAGAAACAGCGGUAUGGUCCUUUAAAUUGUACAGGAUUCUCCUUUAAAAGCCAUUGGAAGGCGACGGUGAGGUGGUCAUAUAACUUUUUGUACUGAUUGCAGCAGGUGGCUCUAGACUCUUAGAUAAAUAAAUGGAUAGACGGAUAGAUAGAGAGUACUUCAGACUUUAGCUCGUGUGUGUACUGCAUUCAUUCUUGACUGAAUUAGAUAGACAAACUCCUAAAUGUUGUCUGUUCUGUUGUACUCUGAGCAGAUGUGUGAUCCAACCACAAGAGGGCGACGUUGCUCUAUUUUCACAGGGCGACAAAUCCCUGAUGGUUCUUUUUUAUACUGUUGCUAAAUAAGUGUUGGGACUUGACUUGUGCUUUGUCGUAUUGUGAACCAUUGUGUCGUGAAGCAUCCUGUAACCUGCAACUGCUGAAUCUCCAACACCUGGAGCUCGUCCUUAUAAUCCUGUACAUAAUCUCAAUCCUGUCGCUGCUCCUUUUCCUCUCAGAUUUGGUGUUUGAACAUGCAGACCCUGUAGGUUGAUGUAAAUAUAAUUAAUGUGUCUAAAGCUGGACUUUGAGGGAGCGGUGUUUGCAGUGUUAAAAGCCUGCUUUACCUGUGUUAAACCCACCUGCUGUUCCUCAGUGUAAUGUGCUGAAUCAUGGUUGAGUAUUAAAACAUUUACCUGGUGAGAACAAGUCUGCAGUGUUGGCGUGACCUCUCUUUUCAUAUUUAAAAACACUUUUUUGAUUAAUUUCCAUUCAUCAAACCUGGAGUCACUAAACGUGGGAGCGAGCUACAUUAUUCCAGCUCAUCUACAAACAAUAUUUGGACUCCAAAAUGAGCUAUAAUUCUGAUUCAAUGUGCUCAGAAAAACAUGGAUUUUAUUAAUAAUGUUGAAAAGAAAUAAACCUGAAAGAAAAGAUUGCUUACAAAAUGCUAAUUGCCUCCGAAUGAAGAAUAAAUCUGCUUAGCGUCUGCUCUCAGUCACCCAUGAGCCGUGUUAAUCUUUUCUUUUGUUUCAGUGACUUUCCCUCUGAAAACUGAGGGAUCAGUGGAAACCAAUACUGCUCUGUGGGUUUUAGUUGAAAAAUUGAUUUCUAAUGAGCGCUAAUGACUCGGCUUUUGGGACGUGGUUGGAUCUUAAAGUUCUGAGUGAAGUGGGCUCCUGUUGUUGGGAAAACUUGGGCAGUAUGAUGGGAUGUUCGCUGUAAUGUUGAAUGGAAGAUUAUGAUUUUUAGAGUCUUGACAAAGAUGCACAUAAUGUUGUUUAUAACCUACUUAGACAUAAACAAAUGAACACCAAAUUAUGAUUUUAAAGAUGUAAAUCAUGGACAGAGCAUCGGGAUUACUAUCUACAGGUUUUGCAGCAGCAUAUGUUUACAGAUUUUCUCAGUCGCUUCAGUACAUUUCUCACAUCAGAAUGAAAGUUCUCACUAUUAGUUCAACCUCAACAACAUCGAGUCAUAUGUACACAUCGUCGUAGCAGUUUCUCAUUCCUCCGAACAAAUUGCGAAUGCUCUUGGGCAUGUAUCAGUUACUUUUAUACAAUUCUCUUCUGUUUUAUAACAUUAUCAUUUGUGUGGACAUUAUCAUAGUGGACGUCGUAUCCUCUUGGCCAAAGAGGAAAAGAACCAUCCGGACUGUUAAGUUCAAAAGCCAGCAUCUGUGAUGGUAUGGGGGUGAAUUAGUGCCCAAGGCAUGGGUAACUUACACAUCUGUGAAGGCAACAUUGACGCCCAUGGACGCCCUUCCUGCUUAUUUCAGCAAGGCAAUGCCAAGCCACAUUCUGCACGUGUUACAACAGCAUGGCUUCGUAGUAAAAGAGUGUAGGUACUCGACUGGCCUGCCUGCAGUCCAGACCUGUCUCCCAUUAAAAAUGUGUGGUGCACUAUGAAGCAUAAAAUACGACAACGGAGACCCCGGACUGUUGAACAACUGAAGCUGUACAUCAAGCAAGAAUGGGAAAGAAUUCCACCUUCAAAGCUUCAACAAGUCGUCUCCUCAGUUCCCAAAUGUUUAUUGAGUGUUGUUAAUGUUGGAUUUGCAAAAUUAUUGUAUUCUGUUUUUAUUUACGUUUAUCACAAUUUCCAAACUUCAAUGGAAUUGGGUUUUGUAGAUCAGUCACCAAGAUCUGACUUUUUUUUGCAUUGGAAAACACAGAGAGAGUUCAGGGUCAUAAUGAAAACAUGACAAAGCCAUUUGACUGUCUUGUUCAUAAACAUUGGUGUCAAGACUUAUUAUUUUGAUGACUCAGACAUUUCAUUGACAUGAAUACUUACUUUUGAGGGAUCAACUAUUAAUUUUGAGUCAGUGACGCUCUUUUGCGGGUUAUCCACUAAGUUUUGCAGUUUGUACUAACUGUUCUGAGAAAUGCACCAAAGCGACUGAGGAAAAACCGUAAAAGUAAAAACCUUACCUUAUACAGCAACAAGAGGUCAAACCACAUUCUGCACAUAUUUCAAGAUAUUAUUCCUCCGCAGGAAUAUUCAUGUUGACAUCUCUGUUUUCUUUCUUGUCAGAUCUUUUUAGUUGACACACCUUUGAACACAAGUGUUACAACUUUUACCAUUAUUGCUAUUUUUACCACCGCUCCCUGUUUGACCCGCUCUCUAGCAACCAAUAACUCAGAGACGUACUCACCAGCUCUUCUGUAGCUGUCCGGAUAGUUUAGGCCCAGUAGCUCCUCAUGCUGUUCUGCAAAUAGCUGUCAUCAUCAGUACGUUAUGUUGAGCUCAAUGAGGCGAUUUAACUGGACUACUGCUAUUGUUCCAGUUUACAAGCACCAGGUAAGAAUCAAGUUAUCGACAGAAGCAAAAACAAUAGCAGGAAACACGAGAAAAGACUUUGUUUUUGAAGCUAAAUUAGACAAGAGAGGCGCCAAGUGCGAUCAUCAGUUCUAGGAAAUCUUUGUUAAAGCCAUAAGGAGAACUGCUGCUUUAAGACCUCAACAAGGUCAAGAGUAAUUUAGAUUCAGGAGGCUGGUUCUGGGUCAGCUUUGCUCCUAAUUUUAUUGACAUGAAGAGCCGAGGAGGUCAGAGAGAACUAACAAGACACAUUCCCUCCAGAGUUUUUCCCUCUCUGUGUCUUUGAGAAAGUAAGAGCGAGUGUCUGAGUUAAGCAACUGCUGAGCUCUCCUCAUUAAUCACACAGAAAGCAGAGGAACCAGGGGGAGCUGUCCUACAUCCCAGGGACACACACACACACAGGCAGACACACAAUCCUUAAAAUAACUGGAACCAACAUAAAUAACACCAAAAAAUCUUUUUAAAUAAGGCUGCAGACUCUUCACAGAGAAGGAUAGGGACAGGGCGGUUUAUGAGCUUGGUUCUUCCUGUGUGUGUGUGUGUGUGUGUGUGUGUUAACGGCCUGGUGGCUAUGCAGCGUUAUGCAGGGCUUAAUCUGACUUUAUGUGAUGACAGACGAGUAUGGAGGGCAAAUAUCAUGCCAGCUGGUGUUCAAAGCAUCCAGCCAAGCACAGACACAUGGUCCAGUUUGAGAGUGGAUGUCAGACCGUUUCCCUCUAACAGCCAGUUUAUUAAUGCUACAUGUCACUUCAGAUAAUCUGGCUUUCUUUCCCAAAAUUGGACACCAGAUGAUAUUCAGCAUGACUAAUCAAUGUUGCAGUGUUACAUAAUCUGAAUCGUGAGCCGCACGUCUCCAUUAGCUCCAAAUUUGGUGAUUUUUAGGGCAGAGAAUGCAAAAGGAACGUUCAAGAAAUCCAGGCCGACAAAGUCAAAAAUGUGCAGAGACCGGGCCAAAAUAAGGUCUGCUGGGUUGUGAUGUGAUUUUGAGAAGCAUUUUUCAGCCGGGUAAGUAUGCGGCUCCACCGUGAGAGACAAUCAGAGGAGAAAUCAGGGAGUUAGAAAGCAGACGGAGGAGAACAAAACUGUUCAAGGCAAGGUGAUUGAGCGAAAACUUUUCCAGGGAAUAGAGAAAGACUUUCUGGAGGACAGGAAAAGACUGUUAAUCCGGACAGCCCGACUGAUACAUCCCUCAGGCAGAUCCAGGCCACUCAUGCAUGUUUCUGUGCCUGGUGCAGUGGGGCAGGGUCUGCCCUUGGAGAGAGGAGAAACUGUGGAGGUCGUUGGGUGUGUAGUACUGUCCAUGGUGCUGAUAUAAAUACACGGGUGGGGGGGCAGAUGUAGACGAGUUUUUCAACUCCAAUAAAGUUGGGAAACUGAAUAAAAUGUGGACAAAAACAGAAUUGUUCCCAAAUUAUUCAAACCCUUCAGUUUAUAGAAAAUAAAGACAACAUUCAAAACACCAGUAUUCUUGAAGCCUCCUUCACUGUUGCCAUACAAGAAAGUUUUUCUCUUUAUGAAAUGAGAAAAUUGCCCUUUUAACCCUGGAACACUAUCGCUAAAAUAACCAACACCAUCACUAUCGCUGCAGGACUUUUACCUGAAAUAAUAUACCCAAGAAAAAGUCAUCAAAAUAUAUCAAAAUAGGACGAUACAUGACAAACUAAAGUAGUUUUCUUUUAUUUUACUGUGCAAUAUCCAAAGGGAGGGGAAAAAGUGUCAUGAGGGGGCCGUAUAAAAAUUCAGCAAAGUAACUGAAAUUAAGCAUUCAUGAACAAACAAAUUCUAAAAUAAAGAAAAACACAGAAACUGUAAACUUAGUUUCUUUUCCACCCAUUCCUGGGGAAUGUGAGUCUUUCCUGGUGAAGACUCAUGGUCCUGAGUCUUUACCAGGGAAGACUUGAUGUACAGCUUCAGUUGUUCAUAGUCCAGGGUCUCCGUUGUCGUAUUUUACACUUCAUAGUGCGCCACACAUUUUCAAUGGUGCAGGAGAGAAUAAAAAUAUGGUAUAUUCUGAGUGAGUAAAAAUGACUAGCUGACUAAAAUA